AUGCCAGAGCAGGAUCCUCAAUCUAUACUCAGUCGGCUGGAUCGAAUUGAAGCCCUCUUAGGCAUCGGAAAGAUUGCAAACUCGCCCUCAUCACUAACUUUUGACUCGGAUCUGGAGGACGAGUCGAACAGUGUAUCUUUUCAAGGUCUUUGGAAAGCCGUGGAGCAUCUCAAGGUCAUUACUAGGCCGCCUCAGGACCACGCGAUCUGGGCACAUUCUAUAGUCACACGGCUGUGGAGCUCCCCUUCGUCCGAGUUUGCUUCUCUGGCUGGUGGUUAUCUUGUGGCUACAUGCAAUGCAGUCGCCGAGCUCGUCAUGCCAAAUUCUAUGCCAGGUAGUCCUGGUUGGGUUGGACACCCUGCUACUUCCGGACCAAGUGACGACCAUAAGGUAUUUCAAGACAUCCACGGCCUGGUCAUGGCCAGCUUGAGUUGCGAGGCCUACAUUGAAACCACGGAUAAGUGGAUAGCCCUAGCGUAUCGUCUCCUACUUGACCACUGUCCGCCUAAUCUGGAUGGCACAAUUUAUGAUUGGCGCGGUUUGUUUUCGGGGCUUCAGGUUGUCGAUAUUGAACAUGCCUCUAUGCACAUGUGCUAUCCACUCCUUCCUCGAGAACCCCUCGUACCCGCUCUGCAAGAGUUGGGUAACCAUCAGGAAUGUGCAUUUCGGGGCCUUGCGCAGAUGAUGCACCACGGUCUCAGCCAUUUUGUAGGCCGCAAACUUCCGACCAUCUGGUCCUUUGUGAGUGCAAGGGAGACAGACGCUCUGCCACCUGUUGGCACACCCUUCACAGAGAAGGAUUCUCAAGUCAUCCGCCUCUGGGCGAAGAAAUUGGAUGAAUGGCUUGUCCAGUAUAACGGGGCAUCACAGCCCUCCCCGUCUGAUCGCCAGGGCAUCCUCAUCCUCUUACAAUACCAUCUGCACAAACUAUAUGUCCUAUCGAUCUAUCAUCCCGCUCGAGGCUUUGACCUAGGCUUUGCCAAUAUCACAUUGACCGAACGGCAAGAACUCCUCAUGUCCGCACGUGCGGUCUUACGGUUGCGGCAGGAUGAUGCUAGCAUCUGGUCGAACUGGGAUCUAAUUCUUAACAGUCUGAAGCGCAGUGAUCCAUCGGCACCAAGCAUCCACGGCGUUCUUGCAGAUCGGCUUCAGUGUGCGAUGCAGAGCAUGCACACUCCGCCGGAAAUUGGACCCGACUUCGCAUUUCCAGCACCGAAUAUGGACUAUUCAUGGACGAUCUUUGACCAGCAGAUCAUAGCACUUGCCAAUCCACCCUGGCUGUUUGAUGACUCCUCGAUAGGACAGGCUCAGAAGCACGUUGAGCGAUAUCAAUGA